AUUUACCCAGGAAGGGUUUGCUUUGAGAAUAGUAGGGUAAGAGAGGGAUGCGUCCACUUGAGUUUGAAAUUUAGCAUGCCUUUAAGUAGUAAACCAACUAAAAUUAACUUAAUUUUUUAAAAUAAAGGACUAGGACCUUUAAAUGAGGUUGUUUCCUGACUUCAGUAGUCAGUAGGGUCUUAAUUUCCCAUUGUAGUUAAUGGUGAGUGUUAAUCUCCCUCCCUGAUAUAAAUAGAACCUGGGAAGGUGCAUAAUGCAUUAAUAUGCCUGCUCUUAAUUUUGAUAGAAUAUAAAUUAUUUUUAUAUAAUAGCCCUCUUUGAAAUGAACCGUGUCUUUAUUACAGUUAAAUCUCAACAAGGAAAACCUGAGCUAAGAAAUGGUUCAGGAAUAAAGUCUCCAGGUCAAAAUCCAUCUAGCAUCUAUCCUGUUUCUUCACCUUAUACACAGAUUUUGAUGUUUUGAUGCACCUGAGUAGAAUAUAUGCUACUAAAUCCAUGUAUUACGACACUAGCUCAUAGCAGCUUUCAUUACCCACAUUUGUUUUGGACUGGUACUGCAGUCCACUUCUGACAGACUGACGCUUCCUUGUGCACUCCUCUUCAGUUGAGACUCAAACAUAUUUUGUUUGUCGGAACCCUGUCGUCUGCAUACUCAAAAUUAAGGAAUUUCAAGUCCUUAGAGUGGAUUUGCUGAUACAUAUAUCCUACCCAUCGUCAAGUCCUGACGCAGGGGUCACAGAAUACAGGUGCAGAAGCCUUGUUUUGCUUUAAAUUUCACUCAAAGCUCCUCCUAAUAACAGGGAUACUUUUGUGUUCAGCACCAUACCUGUGUUAUAACGUGAUUUACACAAAGUUUUUAAUUUCGAAUUACAAGGCCAUAAGAGCAGUCUGACCUUUGUCUUUUCAGGUGUACAGUGGUUUCUUGUUGACAUUGUUCUGGCAGAGAAUCUGGUUUGUGAAGCAGCAGAGUUGUUGUGAAAUGUAACCAUCUUACCUGCCCCUGUUUGGUAUAAAUAUUUUACCUACUAAUCUGGACUCAUCUGUGUGCAUGCUUUUGUGUAGGGGUACAGCUAAAUCACGUCUUUUGUAUUAAGAUAUACGUCGUGUUGGGGCAACCCCUCUGUUGGGCCCUUGUCUGUGUUACUUGGUUGCUUCAUUGCUUAAUGUCUUGUCUUUUGGAGAUAUCACAAGACUACAAAACUUUUCAACUAGAAACACACUUUAAGUACAAGCUUUGUCUCCCUCUGCUGGAGUUUCAGUGGAAAUACAAAUGUACCCAUGUGGGGUAGGAAGCAUCAGAGAUCCCCACCACACUUACUUUUCACUGUCAGUAUUGUUAAAUAUCUUCACGAUAAGUGUAGGUUUAAGCUCAUUGUAAUUCAGUCUGUUAAAGUAUGAUCUUAAAAGAAUCAGUAUUCCCAUUUCUGUCUAAUUUUCUCUUGAUUUUGAAUCUUUGUUUCCCCAUAGUUCUAGCUUUUAGUCUAUGUAUUCACUACUUUAUGAGAGUUCACUGUAAAAUCACACAAUACAGUAAUGUAUAUUGGCCCCAGCUUUUAAGAGAUGUGAUUUAAUUAUAAUCAAAGAUUAAUUCUUCCAUGUUGUCAUUUUCUGUUUAAUUGUUUUGUGUCUGCUUGUUUUCUACUUGUUUUCUGCUUGUUCCAAAUUUCCAUAAGUCUGGGACACCCGCAGCAUGUCGUACCCAGACUACAUUAAGCACCCGUCACUUGCAGCUCUCGCAAUUUCUCCACUAUUCAGAUCUUAGGGCAUUUAAAGCUUAUCCACUGACAAAAAUGAACCCAAAAAAUGUCAAUUUUUUUGAAGUCUAGACAUUUCAGUUGGUUCGAUAACCUUGACGACAAAUAAGGCUGCACUUGUUGUAGCUAGGAGGUAUCACAAAGGAUAAGAAAUCAGAAAACAACAAGGCAGCUCAGCAUGCCACAGUGCUGCUAAAGCAUUUUAUGUCGCGCCAGUGGAAAUGAGCAUUGAUGCGGUGUCAGGUGGCUGUGGAUGAGUUGGAUCAAACAGUUUUACCACUAGACCACCACUGGAGGGCAGCAACAAAUGUUAUUUCAUCAUUGAUGCUGUAAUAUAAAUAAAACAUUAUGAAAUGAAGCAGACAUUUUUUAGUUGAGGCUCUUAUCAAUAGUGAUUUUCAAUGGCUUAAUAUGUCGGGGCUCAUAAAUUACCUUUCAUAUCAAGACUGUGAAUUUGUCCCAGAAACCCUAACUUUAUUUCGCAUUGAGAGAUGCACAUAACGAAAACUGACUAAAAUGGUCAUUCUUACGCAUUCUCUAGUAUGCCAUAAAUGGGUUGUAUACCAGAGCAAUAUGCCAGAAAUAAGAUGGAUAUACAUUGAUCCAAAAUCCCAGUACAGAUUUCAGAAGCAGGUUCCCAACUAUUUCCAGUUCACACAGUAUACAGUAUAUACGUGUAUGUUGACUAUACAACUUGUUUGUGUAAAAUUACUUGUUAUAAAUGUUUUUUUUAAUGCAGAUCCAUAUAUAUAUAUAUGCAGUAACAGUGGCCCUAGAACUGUAAGGUGCUUUGGGUAAAGCAUAUAUAUCUAUUAGCAUAAGCUAUGUAUGGGAGGCCAUAGUAUUCAUUUUAAAUGCACACGGAGAUUGUGCGGCUUAUGGUACAGGUAACAAGGGUUUAAUGUUCCUGCCAGCAAUAUGACUAGCAGCCGAAAGAGAAUUGUUGGGAACCAUGACCUAAAAAUAUUCAAUUCUGUUUUCUAUUUAGAUCCAAUUUGUGGGCUGGUGAUUUCUAAGCACUCUGCAGCCAGUAAACACAUAAAGCUGCAAUGUUUGCUGCGUGUUUCUUUAUGCACUAUACAUGCUUUCAUUCAAAAUAUCAGCGUACAAAUGUGCUUUGGGUAUACAUUUUGGCAGUAUUCUAAUUAUAAGUACUUUGCCAGUACUUGUAACUUAUUGAAUGUUGUAAUUUCAAAUAAAAAAGUGGAUCUGGUUAUUGUGUGUGGGGGUUUUAGAAUAUAAGGAAUACUCUGAAAAACCAGCAAACUAAAACUUUCCUACAGUUAAACAAAUGUUUAAGUAUCAAUGAUGCAGCAGGUAGGCUAUGUGCACUUUUAUCUGUUUAAAUGUUUUGAUAAACUAAGCUGAACUACAGAUGUAAACAAGCAUUUUAUAUUUGAGAACUACAUGCAGCAGCAGUGGUACUUAAUGAAAUACAGUUCUUGGCUCAUGUGGGGUGUUGUUGCAGGUUGCAGGUCACAGGUGUUUGCUGGUAGUGAACGUGUGGUGCAGCAGGCCAGUCUUGGCAGCAUGGUGAAGGCCCAGAAGUCAACUGGGAGGAAGAGCUCUCACUGUCUCCGCAGACAGAGUGGUGGACAGACAGAGAUGGAGGAAGGCCAGCUCCAGUCAGACACCCAGCAUCCACCACAGGCGCAGCCUGAUGGAGGAGAUCAGUCCUCUGAUCAAGCCCAACUCCAGACCUCAGCUUCAACUGAGGUGCUGUCUGAGAACUGGGACCAGAAGGAAACUCCAAUGAAUGUCGAGGAAAAGGGCGACUCUCUCUCCCAGGCCCAUCCCCUGGGCAAGCUUCUGUGGAAACCCAUUCCCCCUCUGCUGCCUGAGUCUGAGCACCAGAGGAGCACUACCACUGAGACCAGGGACCAGAGCUGCCAGACUGAGGAGCAGCUUCAGCAGACCAGAAACGGCAGCCAUGGUCAUAACACAGGUCUCUGUGUUGAGCCUGGAGAUCCUCCUUUGCUCCAGCAGCCUCUGCAGACCUCCAAGUCUGGGAUUCAGCAGAUAAUUGAAUGCUUCCGUUCAGGCACCAGCCAGCUGAAACACAUGCUGCUGAGGGAGGUGGACACCAUCUUCGAGUGUAAACUGUGUCGCAGUCUUUUCAGAGGCCUGCCUAACCUCAUCACACAUAAAGAGUACUACUGCCUGUCACGGCUGCCUGAAUCCGAUGGUUCGUCGGGUGAUGACAGACAGAGUGUAGCCAUGAAGGAUUUAUUAGAUGCCAUAUAUCCCAGAGUCAGCCGACCAGACUACGUGGUCCGACUGGAGCCCAUUCAGACCACUACCAAGGCCGUGUUCCAGUACCUCACCACAGAAGAGGAACUGGCUAGAUAUCCAUCACACACACCCAGUGCCAGAGAGAGUCCAGUGGCAUGGGAAGGAGAACCAGUGGACGGUGUGGACAGCAACCAAGCGAGCCAGCGUGGCGGCCCAGAGAGCCACAGCAGCCCAGGACCGAACCAGGGACAGAGGAGGUGGGAGGCCGAGGAGGAAGCUAAAGAAGAGCAGCCACAGCCUGAAGAGGAGGGUUCCACUAGUGGGGUUGAGGAUGUGACAAUCUCCUGCUGUCUGUGUGGUCAGGACUUUAACUCGCGCCGCAGCAUCAGGCGUCACUGCCGCAAAAUGCAUCAGACCAAACUCGAGGAGCUCCGAAAGUUCACGGAGACAAGAACAGUACCCACAAGCCUGCUCUCUAUGGUGAAAGGUCGGCCGAGGACUCUCAGCACACCUACUGGAAAAUCUUGCCCAGUGUGCCUCAAAACUUUUGCUACCAAAGCCAACGUGCGCCGCCACUUUGACGAGGUACACCGUGGUCUGCGGAGGGACACCAACACACCCAGCAUUGCCUCGCGGCCUGGCCAGCCCUUCUCUCUGGAGGUCACACCUCCGAAGAAGACCAACAGUUCCUCUCCAACACGUGGCCACAACUCCAAGUCCACACCUGUGAACUCUAAAACAACGCCUUCAAACCAAAACCAAUCCAAACCUCAGAGUCAGCUCCCAGCCUCUCCACAGGUGAACCCUGCCUCAUGUCGGUGCACGCUCUGCAAGAGGAAUUACAGCUCCCAGCUCAUGUUGAAGAGGCACAUGCGUAUUGUCCACAAAAUAUACAGCAUCAAAAGUAACAGGUCUGCUGCCAUGCCGAUCUCUGCUACUACAGCAGCUACUGCUAACAGCAGCAGCACCAACUUAGGCCUUAGCAACAACAUCCGAGUGAAAGAGGAAGCAGUAGAACCCUCAGAUGAAGAAAACGACGAGGAUAUUGACAGUAGUCCGGCCCCUUCUCCAAGUGAUAGCACUGGGACAGCUAAAGGUGUUUCUGUGGCACACAAUGCCAUGAAGGUGAAGGAGGAGGAAGCCCCAUCAAGCCCAAAGAUGAUGUCAUCCUUAUCUUCAUCAUCUUCCCGUGGAGGCAGCAUGUGCAGUGGGGGCGUCGCCACCAAAAUGACCAAACUGUCAGUGGGUUUUGACUUCAAGCAGCUCUUCUGCAAACUGUGCAAGCGACAGUUCAGCUCACGUCAGAACUUAACAAAGCACAUUGAGCUGCACACAGAUGGCAACGACAUCUUCAUUAAGUUUUACCGUUGCCCCCUCUGUCGCUACGAGUCACGUCGCAAACGUGAUGUCCUGCGCCACGUGACUGUAGUCCACAAGAAGUCAUCUGCAUACCUAGCCAAGAUCAUGCCCAAACUGGAGAGCAGGGCGGUGAAGAGGCUAGCUGAGGUAGUCCUCAACAGUACAAGCCCAAACAAGAGGACGAGCAGCGGCGUCAAAGAGGAAGUGAACGGACGUCACGCCUCUUCGUCAUCCUCCUCCUCACCUUCACCUCCCGUCACACGAAAGCAAGAGUGCUCCACAACUGGCCCUACCUCCUCUUCAGCCUCCUCUUCCUCCUCCUCUUCCUCCGCCCCACCUCCUGCCCCCGUCACUCGGAAACAGCAGGACCUCUCAUCGCCAGCAAUCGCCCCCUCCCCUCCUGUCACCCGUAAGCAGGAGAGACAGCAGACCCACCAGCAUCGCCCCAUCAGCCCACCACUGACCCGCCGCAGUGAAAAACACACACACCAACGCAACUCCUCCUCCACCACCUUGCCCAGCCACCAGCCACCACACACCAGACGGCAUGAUGCCCAGUCCGAGAGCAGCGGCACAGGAACAUCGUCCACUGAAGUCAGGGUGACCAAGAAUUUCUCCCUCCAUGCUUGUGACCAGUGUGGACGAGCCUUUGCUAAGAAGCUGUACCUGGAGUCUCACAAGCGAAGCCAUCGUAACGCAGCGACGGCAGCAGCCAGCAGGAGGAAAGGAGUCAGUACCCGCUCCAAAUCCCUGUUAUGGUGAAAGACACAGCACUAAAUGCUGCAACGGUUCCUUUCAAAAUGGGCUUUCAUGAACUCAAACUUAAGGGGGCUGCAUUUGUUUGAUCAGAGCUCUGGAGGUAGUCUUUGAAACACUGGCACAUGAGGAGAGUUGGGAGGAAAGGAUUGAGGAAGACCAAAUGUAGAUAUGUCUUAAUGUUCAAACAGAAAGCCAUGAAAUGGAAGAAAACCAGAAAAAAGGAAAGACCAAACUUUAUUUUUAUAACUGAAAACGCUAAUGUGACAAGGUCUUGGAAACAUGUAUAUAUGGAUUCAUCCUACACGGAUGGUAUAAAUAAUAGUUAUAUUAGUCACAAUAGUUAUUGACUUGUACUUAACUGUUGGUUGACCAUAUGCUUCAAACAUGUCUGACUAGUUACUGCUCUGUCACUGUUUAACACUGAGGCAAGUUUGCGUUGUUCCACAAUUAGUUGUCUUUUUUUGUAUCUCAUUCCUUUGGAAAGAGGACAUUUUUGUUGGGAUGUAUCAAGAAGAGAACAGCAAUCAAACCUCAAGAGACUCUUAGGACUUUUUUUUUAUUUUCAAACUUUGUCAUUUCUUUCAUCAUCAGUUGUAAUAUGUUAUAAAACUCACAGUCUAGAGAACCUGAGAAGAGUUAGAGAAGCCUUUCAGAUGUGACAAGAAUGUUAAAACCAACCACUUAAUAAAUAAAAAUGUACUGCU